AUGCCUUCAAGUACCAGUACAAGUCAUGAAGAACCUGCGCGCCCACCUCCGGCUGGUCCUCUCCCAGACCCACCCCCAUCCACGUCUAACUCUACCGCCUCCUCCUCCACCCUCCCAAAGCAGCGUACCAUCGUCCCAAAAUCCUCAACGAUAAACGCAAAGACCAGCUACGUCUCUCCAUAUCGUCAGCAGACUCCCAGUAGAUCUGUAUCCACACCACUGCUCCCUAAAACCACCGGCGUUACAAAUACCCAUUCGCCAAACUUUAAAAACAUAGUCAGUAGAUUCAACGAGACAAAGGAUGAAAAGAUCCCGAAUCCAAGCAAUAGAAUUCCUGCCGUAGCGGCAGGUCCCGCUCCACCAGGAUUCCGUACAAGGAAGGCUCCGCAGUGGAAGCCUGCAGGUGGCAGCGGAAAUGGAAAUGGACAGCAGCCGCAACAGCAGACAGGCCCAAGGUCGAAUUCGUCAAACUCUAACAGUAAUAGCAAUGGCGGGAGAGGUGAGACUCCUCCUGCGCCGUUGGGAAGGGUGAAGACUGAGAGGUCAAUGUCUGCCCAUGAUAUACCUGCCGGAGGAGCCGGGGGCGUGGGUGGGCUGCAACGGACAAGGGCUCGUAAGAUGUCGGAGGGUAUGCUGAAGAGUCUACCGCCGUUGGAUACGACGGUGAACGAUAGACAUCUCAGCGUGAACCGCCAUAGGCGUAGUCGCUCGGCGUUGCAGUUAUAUUCGCCUUCUGCAGCGUCAAUGGCAGAUACGGAGGAGCUGGAUGAUGUUCAGGGUGGUAGUGGUGGUGGGAUUGGUACUACCACUACUGCUGUUGCAAAUUCCGCGGGAAGAUCGUUACGCCAUCGGAGGAGCAGGUCGGAUGUGGGAAGCUACGGGUCUCCGGAGGAAUUCGAAUUUAAGGAUAUGAUCUACACUGCGUCCCCACAGGAAGCUUCACCAAGGGUUGUACAGGCGGUACGAUCUGGGAUUCCACUACCAAAAUCGCGGAUCGCGUCACCUACAUCUCCCGGUACGAAGCGUAAAGGAGGGAGGGAUUCGAAGGCUGAGACGCUGGCACCUAUUGCCGUGUCUUCACAUGGAUCACGACGUUCCCCACAACCUAUUAGUAGUCCCAGACUACAAGCAUAUAUAUCAGCACCUCUUCCCGCAAAAUCACCACCCCUACGGUCAUCACGACAACGUUUACAGCAAUCAACAGGCUCGGCAGCUGCUUCGUCAAGGCAAAAGUUCCAAAAUAAUUCGUCUCCAACAACACCGUCUUCAUAUGCAAAAGAUGUGGGAAUCCAGCGCGGCCGAGGCGCAAGGAGCUCUAGCGUCGGCGAAAACAGAGGCAGGGAUAUCAAGAAGAAGAUACCAGAGCUAGGGACUGUGGACUUUGCUGCAAGGAGAGCACGCAUUCAGAGUGCCUUUAAUAAGACGCUGAAGGAAACUAAUGAAGGGAAGGCCAAAAUUGUUCCCGCUGUCAGAACAUCUAAACAUAGUAUGCAGGGAGAGUUUGAUUGUCCAACACCAAGAAGUGCUGUUAGCCAGAGGAUUGAUGAAGAGGAUGAGGACGAGGCUGAACAAUCAUUUCAGCCACAGUUUACAAAUCAGGCUGAUAUGCAGGCAGGGGCAGAGAUAGGAGAAGAGGCCCUAGAGCUUCCCACGCCAAUUGACAUUGAUGAUGAUUCUGAUAGUCCCGAUGAGCAACCCUUAGAGGCAGUGAGCUUUGUGCAGGAGGACGAGGAGGAAAGACCUGUGUUUCGACACCAGGUUUUUGAUAGGCCAGCGUCGCAAGCGUCAUCAACCUCAACGACCAGUGAUAGUUCAGAUUCAUCGUCAUCUUUUGACGACGAUUUACCAGCACAAGGUAGGAGUGAAAAUCGAUUUUUGAAACAUGUUCAACCACUAAGCUUUGAUGAAGAUACUAUUUCUCCGAUGUCACGGCAGAGGCCCUUCUCGUUAAUCGAGCCCAAGCGUGCAGAGCCAUCAUCUAUCCCUUUGAUUGUUACACCAGACUCACCAGGAGAGCCUCCAUUUCUUGCAGCAUCGACUUUCCUCAGACCUAAUUCGAACUGGUCGGGUUACAGCAUCGACUCUGAAUAUACUCGAGAGCCCACAAUUCCGGAAAUGCCAGCACAUCACAUGUUUGAUUCCGUUGGCGGCGGCGUUGCGGUAGAGCCCCCUACAAGCGACCAACGGGAUGCAACCACGAGCCCCACCGAAGCGUACAUCCCGAUAAUGCUCAGUAACACACUUGACGCUGCUAUGCGAGGUAAUAUUAUGGCACAAGCAGAGGUAUAUGGAAAGGCACAAACGAAACCUGGUUUAUCUCCGGUACCAGCUUCAGUGUCUUCCCCCACUGACGCGUCCAACACGCCCGUUGACACCAUAGUAGGUGUUUUUGAGGACUACGAUGAACCCAGGGAGGAUUUUUUUAAUUCUUAUGAAAACACACCGGUAGAUUACCGCCCCAGGGACAGGUAUUCAGGGGAGCUUGAGCUGGUGACUCCAGGUGGAUAUCAAGUGGACGAUGAAGGGGGUGACCAGGAGACAGAAACAGAGAUGGAUUCGGGGACAGAGACAGGGUCAAGCGGAGAAACAGAAACGGAGGCAGAGGGAACAGAGCCCGAGUAUCAGGAUACAGAGGCAGAAUAUACAGAGACCGAGGGAGGAUAUCAAGACGAAACAGAGACGGAGGGAGAAUAUUCGCAUUGUGAUGGAGAAUACGACGAACAGUAUGAUUCCACGUCUUGUUCGGAGAUGCCGGAUUCGGCCCAUCCAGGAUUAGACGAUCAAUCAGACAAUCAAUCAGACUGGUGGACGUCUGCGUCCGCUUGCCCUGAGAUGGAAGAUCACCCGGCUAGAAGAUUAUCCAUGCAGCUAAAUGAUUCGCCAACAACACCGCGUCAAUAUUUCGAAGAGAUAGAAUCCCCGCUUCCCCCAACGCCGCCGCCAAAAGAUUCCCACUUCUUACCGGCGGCUCCUGUGAAUUUGUUGCCGGCCCCUGUUCCACCUGCAAAGGAUCCACCGCGAGCUGUCUCACCAUCACCGUCUGCAAUGAGCGCGCCGCCCCCGGCUCAUUCUACCCACUCGGGCUAUACAAGCCAUAGAAUGCCAACCUACGGGUUUCCAUCAUACCCUUUGCAGUUACCUGAAAUACAAAGGGACACAGAACCCUUGGGUCUGGCCAUUCAAGUGAUGCCUGACGACUCUCCGGAACUACCUCCAGUCCCACCAAACAAAAGACCAGGUUUUGAUAGAUGGCAUACUGUUGCGAACAUGGAAAACACUACUGAUAGCGCCAGACCAAGCCUUGAGUAUCAUCACUCAUACCAAAGCUCAAGGCAAAGCUUAGAUCAAUACUCCAACCACAGACCAAGUCUAGAUCAAUAUCCAGCGGGAUCACCAUCCUCCAGCUUCCAUUCUGAAAUAGAAUCAAGACUUAGUAACAUCACGAACCAGAAUGGCAACCGACACUCAGAAACACCAGCUUCAUCCACUGCACCAACUAAUCGCGGAUCAUCUUCAAUACACUCUCAGGACCAGAUUUUACCACAAGUUCCGCCUGAGCAGAAGAUGCUUAUUAAGCGUCGGCAUCUACUAAAGGAGCUAGUUGACACAGAGAGCUCCUACUUUCGAGACAUGACAGUCGCGAUGGAGAUUUACAAAGGAUCUGCAAACGCAUGUGCCGCAAUCACCAUGGAUGAUAUCAAAGUUCUGUUUGGAAACACCGAGGCGAUUGUUGCCUUCUCAAAAUCUUUUCUGGAGUCUCUGAGGAAGGCUGUAAAGAGCGUCUAUGUAAUGCAACGAGCAAGGAGCGGCGUCACAAGUAGCGCUGCCAGUAUCUCAAAUUCCAUCGUCAGCACCGACGAUCGGAAUAGCAGUUCAAUGGACGACUUCGCCUUCGAGGAAGAAAAAGACCGAAAAACCUACGUCGGCGAGGUCUUUAUGGACAUGUUUUACCAAAUGGAGAAAGUAUAUGGUGAAUACUGCAAAAAUCACGACGCUGCGGUAGGACGAUUGGCAAAAUUGGAAAGCAAUAAGGGCAUUGCGAUUUGGCUAUCAGAGUGCAAAGCUUGUGCUGAGGACCUUACAAAUGCCUGGAACCUUGAAUCAUUACUCAUCAAGCCAGUACAGAGGAUAUUGAAAUAUCCUCUAUUACUCACGCAGCUACUCGAAUGUACUCCCAGGAAUCACCCUGACUUCAUACAACUAGAGGUAGCGGCCAAGGAGAUGAAGUUCGUUGCUGAUCGAAUCAACGAAAUGAAAAAGCGGAAGGACAUGGUUGAGAAAAUAGUGGGACGAAAGAGACAGGAAUCAGACAUCGGACAUGGGAUCACGAAGGCCUUUGCUCGCCAAGCAGAGAAGCUGAAACAAUCCGUUGGGUUGUCCGAAGUUGUUGUCGAUGAGACAUAUAAUAAAUAUUUCGAAAAUUAUAACAUGCACUUCGUACAGGUGCAGGUUAUCAUCCGGGAUAUAGAGAUCUACAAGGACGAUAUACAAGGUCAUGUGGACAAAUUCCUCGAAUAUACACAAACAAUCAAGGAAUUUAUUGAUGUCUCCCACUCUCAACAUCCAGAGGUUGAAACGAAAUGGAGGAAGUUUGACAGUGCGAUGCGAGAGCUUGCAACAUCUUAUCUUGCUGAACAUAAACACCGUGUUCAAAAACACUCCAUCGAACCUCUAACAAUGCUUCUGAAACUGCACGAAAGUCCUCAGCGAAUCAUGACAAAACGCAACAAGAAGGCAGUUGACUACGCUCGCUUUAAAGCUAUUAUAGAGCGUGGUGAUACGCCGGACAAGAAAACGAAGGACCUGGCAGAUGCCUAUCUGGCACUGAACGAAACAUUGAUUGACGAGCUUCCGAAACUUUUUAAGCUGACAAAGAAGAUGGUCGAUGCAGUUCUCCUGAACUUUGUAGAACUACAAGGUAUCUGGAUGAACGAUUGGGCAUCGAAGAUAAAGAUGACCUUCCCUGAGUUCUCAGCUCUGCCAGUAAAACUGGAAGAGGUUGUGAAAGACUUCACAGUCGACUUCUCCUACAAUGAACAGAGCCUCAACCAUCUGGGGAUUUGCAAUGGAUCAAUGAAAGCAAAAUAUAUGUCAUUGGUCCCUAUCGCAUCACCCUCGAUGACAACAUUAUCUCUGGAUGCAUUUGACGAUGCAUCCAGUUACCGGAGGCCUUCAACUGCAACCGAAGAAGCAACACGAGACUCAUCUCCUGGAAUACGUGACAGGGCUAUGUCUCUUACUAACAACUCACCCACGGCGGGCUCAUUCUAUGAUAAACCUGAGCGGUUCUACGAGACUAAGCCCGAACGCCGAUAUAGCGGCGGAGGGUCAACUCUCUCGCCACUGGUAGCGAUGGGUACUCCGGGCUUAAAUAUGAUACCUCAAGUGGCACAGAACCUGGCCCAGAAUAGCCGGAAUCGAGCUACCUCGGUUGCGCUUCCUCAUAGGAGCCCAUCUACAAGUAGCUUGAAAUUGAAUCCCCAGGUCCAAAGAUCAUUCUCGGAGAGGCAAACACCCGCCCGUGAUUUUACCUCCCGACCAGCGUCUAGGACCUACUCACUUGCUGAAACCAUAUUUGAUGGGCCAGAAACCCAUGCAGCGUAUGCCUCUAGUGCUGCACUCGUCGACCCCCGUGUGGAAAGCCGGGCUCCCUCGCGAACAAAUUCACCAGCUCCUAUUUUUUCUUCGGCGAUGCCCAUGGAUGACGACAGGGAUAUCAAGCGUGAUGACACACCUUCCGGAUCACCAAUGAUGCAAUCAAGACCGCCUUCAAGGGCCCCUUCCAUUGCAAGCUCAAUGCAUAGUCAAAGGAGAACCCUCACAUUGUCGGGUACUAGUACCCCGAUCUUUGUGGCAGCAAGUUUAUACGAGUUCAAUAUCGACAAGCAGCGGAGGGAGGGGGGAUUCCCUUAUUUGACUUAUGUCCAAGGCGAGAUCUUUGAUGUUGUUGGAACCAAGGGUGAAAUCUGGCUAGCCAAGAAUCAAGACGAUAAGAACGGGGAGCUUGGUUGGAUCUGGUGCAAGCAUUUUGCGAAGCUAUAA